GGUCACAAUCGCAGUUUUUUCGAGACGACGACGAAGCAGUAACUGCGUGCUGGUCUUACCUUUUCGUUUGCAGUUUGCUAUUACAACACCGCUGGCAAGAUGGCUCUAAGCGAUGCAGAUGUUCAGAAACAGAUCAAGCACAUGAUGGCCUUCAUCGAGCAGGAGGCCAACGAGAAGGCGGAAGAAAUCGAUGCAAAAGCCGAGGAAGAGUUUAACAUCGAGAAAGGCCGUCUAGUGCAGCAACAGCGCCUCAAGAUCAUGGAAUAUUACGAAAAGAAGGAAAAGCAGGUCGAGCUGCAAAAGAAGAUCCAAUCAUCAAACAUGCUGAACCAGGCUCGUUUGAAGGUGCUUAAGGUACGCGAAGACCAUGUAUCCAGCGUGCUCGAUGAGUGCCGUCGUCGUCUCGGCGAAGUUACGAAGGAUUCCACUCGCUACGGCGAAAUCCUGACUGCCCUCAUCACCCAGGGAUUGCUCCAGCUGAUGGAAGCCAGUGUUCUUAUUCGUGGCCGUCAAGCGGACGCCCAAAUCAUCCAGAACGUGCUACCGGCGGCCGUAGAAAUGUACAAGUCCAAGUGCGGUCGUGACGUGGUAGUCACAUUGGACACGGAGUCCUUCCUACCGGCCGAUACGACUGGUGGAGUUGAUCUGUUGGCACAGGUCGGACGUAUCAAGGUGUCUAACACGCUUGAAUCGCGACUGGAGCUGAUUGCUCAACAGUUGGUGCCGGAGAUCCGUAAUGCGCUGUUCGGACGCAACAUGAACCGCAAAUUCAACGAUUAAGCGGAGCAAACCUGGUUGAUGUGCUGCUUGCGAGUAGCAGUAAUGAUGCCGCCAUCACUUCAACAGCACCAUCCGCAGGUGAUGGAACGGUAUACAUACAUCCAGUAAUGCACGUAAAAACCACCAUCCAUUCUUACAUAGAUAUCCUUGUUUCCGCAUGCAAAUAGCAGGUUCUAUAACAAUUACUUACACUACCUAUCGGUCAGCAAUUGCAGAAUGGUACAUAAACACCAUAGUUCAGCGUGAAGAUCGCCGACGUAAGGGACGUAAGAUCGAGUGAUCCUAGCCAUUUUAACAUCAACUGCGCGAUUGAUUCUGCCCCUCUAGGGGGAAGAAAAAAAAUUACUCUAUUUGUUGAAUCUUGUGCCGAUAUCUUGUGCUGAUGCCUAUAAAAUCUUGGCCUAGUCAGCCUGUUCCUUCCAUCUGGAACAAUGGAAGAAUCAUUAGCGCGUCUAGGGGACACUCUUUGAUCUUAAGGGAACACUGCCCACCAAGAAUUCCUUGCUUCUUUGCAGUUGGCUGGUCGGUCGGACAUGUUCCGGCGAAAUGCAAAACAAUUUCGAAGUUUAUCGCAACUUACCCACACUUACUGAUGCGAAAAAGUAGAUUCUAAGCUUUAUCGGAAACAUCGUUCACGUGAAGAAGAAAAACAUAUUGUUGCUACAUAUUAUAAUUGUUUUUAAUUGAUGUUUUGUUUAUUUCCGUUUCGAUUGCCACUCCUCCUGCGUACACAAAUGCUUUGUGCGUUUUGUUUUACUCACGACGUAGUGCUUUCCAGAGUAUUUCCGAUAUUGCUUUUUUCCGUAAAGACGGGUUAGCUUGUGUCGGAUGUGUUCUAUUGAAAGCCACUUCUUGCGGGGGUCGUAGGUUUUGCGGUGUUUGAUCUAUCUAUGUAUGUUGCAAAUAUUUUCCCUUUCUAAAAUAUACUAUUUUUCCAUUGUAAGAUUUUAAGUAAAACAAGCGUCUUUGGCCCAGGCUUUUUUAAGGUGCUAUGGGAUGUACACACACACUUGCUAACGUUUCCCGCAUUCCUGCAAUUUGGUAGGUCGAGUGCAACACCUAACUGGCAGAAUAUGUCGCAGAAUAUCUGGCAUUGUUUGCUAAAACUCGAACACAAUCGUUAAUAUACAUUCCUUUAGAAACGAUCAGCUACUUAAAUAUUAGAAAAACGAUUGUUUCGCCGUUCGAUUGUAACACCACUGUGAAUAACAUCUUUCGGUGGUUUCUUUCGCUUUCUUUCACUGCAAAAUGGGUCAUGUUUUCGGUAGAUGAUUAUUCUCUGCUCAUUGUCGAACUGCGUAAAAGAAAUUUAAAUGCCUAAUCUUCCCAGCCGCAAAAAGAUCAACAUUGUACUUGUUUUUUUUUGUCUCCGAUACAUUAUACAUGUCUCUCCGUAUCACAGCAUCUUGCUUUGCGAACAUCAAAAUUACUAACCAAUGUUUUAUUUUGCUGGUCGUUCGAAGCAAUGGUAUGGAAAUCGGUGUGGUGUAUCGGUGGUAAUUAAUAGGAGUACCGGUAUGAAUGGGAAAAUCGAUUGGUCGUUUGAUAUAGGUGUGCGUGUGUGUAUUUAAGAUCAUUGUGAAUGGGUCAUAGAGAGAAAAAAAAAAAAUAUAUACGAGUGUGUCUUCUCAGAUAAAAUGGUUUGGAUUUGAUAUGUUUUCAUUGAUAAAAUCGAACAAUUUAGCAAACUGUUUUCACUGUCAAAAGGUGUUGUGCUUUCUUAUCGAAACUCCCAUAACAUCUUGGUACAAGGCAUCAAGGAUUUUGGGAACGAGUUGAACGAGUGUACAUCACCAUUCUCCUUAUGAAACUAGGGCGGGACGUGUUAUUAAGAAAUAAAGAAGUAUAUGUAUAUUGGAAGGAAGUAGACCUUAAUGUAAUGGAACAAAUAGGAGCAAAACAAAAGGAAUGCAAAAAUAAAACAAAAAAAGUAACAGAAAGAAUAUAUAUAUACAUAAUUAUAGGUAUGAAUAGAUAUUGUUGUAAACGGCGAGUAACGAAACUUAGUUAAUGCGAAGCGUUUAAUCACUAGGAGAAACUUGAACAUACGACGAAGCGCGAGCCUCGUACUUUGCGUUACAACAAACAAACUAAACCAGCAGAUGGCGAUUAUCAGAUGGGAAGGAAAUGACGUAGUAUGAAGACAGCACUGUGUUGAAUGACUACACUGGUGUUUGAACCAUAUGGUAGAAGAUCAGCAUAUUAUUCAAACAAGAACUUAGAUAAUUUCGCACCGAAUGUACCGAACUAAACCGAACAUCUUGUUAACAGGAUCAGUAUCCCAUUUAUUUUCACACGGACUCUCAAUGGCGUUAGGAUUUAGUGUAGAAGAUUGUGCCAUUCCUGGCGUUCCGUUCUUCUGUCGAGGACAGCAUCCUUUCGUCAUCGGAGUUCUGGAUAUUAUGAGUUCUGAAAUUCUGCGUCGUUCCAUUGGAAGUGAAUUAUGUGCAUGUAACACAUUCGUGAAUAAAUACACCACGGUAUGGGAUGUACAAUCCAAUGUACAAGACUUUUCUUUCUAGACAUUUUAA